GAGCUUUCUACUGUAUUCAUUUCCGGUAUUUUGAUAUUUGUAAACAACAUGCCUGACUCGUGUCGGGACCAAACCGAGACAGAAAAAGAAAAUUCCCCAAAUAUUAUAACCACAGUUUCAAAGUUUGCUGAUGAAAAUCUCACUUUUAUCCGGAGCGUCAGUGCAGGGCUCGCGGUAGCUGGUGUGAUCAUAAUAGCGCGGAGCAUCAGGCUGACGACCAAGUUCGGCUCUCCGUCCGAAAUCCCGAGCCGCUUCAUCGAGAGAAACGUCAGCAUCAGAGGAAAAGUCCGAAGUGUAACGGAAAGAGGGCUCGAAGUGGAACACAUCCCGAUUCAUGUCCCCAUAUUGUCUCCUUUACUGACUAAACGUCGGGUCGCGACCCCGCUGCAUGUGCGUUUGGCCGGGGUGGAUUUGACCCCGCAGGGCCGUGAGUGGCUCGUCCGGACUCUGAGGAGGGACGAGACGGUGUGGUUACGACUGAUCAGCCGAGAAGACGAGAGUCUACACUGCAUGGUGUCUCUCAGUGGGGGUUUUCUGUUCAACACGUGUGUUAACGAGGAGAUCCUGCGCUCCGGGUUGGGCAGGACGGCGCCUCUUCACGGCCUCGACCCUCGCUCCAGUCUCUACUGGAGGCUGCACUCGCGGCUGCUGAAGUGUGAGCUCAGGGCCGAGAAGAAGGGCCGGGGCCUGUGGAAGCAGGAGAGCGUGAGAGACAAGAUCACACAAGCCAUCAGAAAUAACAGCAUGAUCAAAGCCAUGAAGAGACUCAUACAGUGGCUGUCUAGGGCCAAGGACCAGUGAAGAAGAGGUGAUGGUGAAAAAUGAACCUCCAGCUGACAUUUUCAUGCUGAGGGAAAUGGACUUGGGUUUUAGUUUGGAUUGUGGGAUUAAAACGAGUGUGUUAAGUGUU